UCUUUGACAGGCUAGUGGACAGUUGGACGCUUUCGAAAACGAAGUGGGACUCGAGUCUCAAGGUUGCGAAACGCUAACAAUCUAAUAGAUUGGAGAAAUGUAAUAGUUAUCAACCGUAAAUGUACUCAGGCGCACGCUUCCGCGAGUUUUGUGAUAGUGCGCGAAUUCGGACUGGCCAUUCCGUUAGAUAAUAAAUCAGUUUCAUACAAUCUUGAGAUUUUGAUAAAAACAGUGAAGUUUUAGUGAAAUGUCUUCGAUAGUGGACGAUAUUUGUGAUCUUUUGGACAGCUACAAUGGGAGAGACAAGGUGGUCCGUCUAGCUUGUUAUGCAUGCAAACUGUAUGGAUGUGUUCAAGAUGAGAAGCCGUGGCAGUCAGCCGGCUCUCGGUUGUCCAAUGCCAGGAUGAUGCUGCGACUCUUCGAUGAUAUCCCCAUGAUCAGGCACACAUACAACUAUGGUUUAGGACGACAUGAAACUACAAGAGCAGCAGCAAUACUAGGAGUAGUAGCCAACAUGGUGGACCAGGCAUUCUUACCGGUGGAGAAGGCAUGCUGGCUGUAUGAUGUGGGCGUCCUCAAGCUGUCAGACGACACUGCUUACAAACUAGAGACUGUCAGCACAAUGCUGUGGGCUGCUAGUCUGCUUAUAUCACUUAUACAAACAUCAAGCUCAAUAAGAAAACUAUGGUGGAGUCGUGAUUGUUUACAAAAAGCAUCAGAAAAUGGUGGAGCCGAUGCCAAGAAACACCUAGACGUCAGACUUAUAUUAGAAAGCAUAGUAGCAGGAAAACUAUGCCUGGACAUCACCCACGCUAUCAGCUGCCUGCCCGAGGGUUGGCUUUGGGGAGAAAAGAUUGGAUCAACGAAAGUAGCGGCCAUAGCAACCACAUCAUCAGUCAUAGGUAUUGCCAUGUACUUCGCGAAGAAACGAUUAUUGAAAUAAAUAAAAUUAUUAUAGAUAUAUUUGACAUCGAAAAUGUGACUAUUAUACUUCCAAUUGCUAGUAACGUCUUUAUUACGCGGUUAAUAAAGGCGAUUUUCGACUAACAUGCAGUUGGUCGAUGUAACUAGUUAGGUAUUUCAUAUACCGGUUGGCAGGUACAACCUAUUUGUGAAUACUGUAUAUUUUGCCUUUGUAUUCAUUUUAUUUAGUUUACAAGAGACUGUUGUAAAGAUACCUGAAUGUAUUGGUAACAAACAUGUGUGUUACAUAGAAAUACUAAUUUUCCUAUAUGUAGGUACCUAAAUACACUUUGAUGUUACAAAUGAAAAAUUCCCAAAUGAUUAGUAUUCUUAUUAGAAAAUAAAAAGCAUUACCUAUCAAAAUGGCGACAAUCAAUAAAUCUUGCCAACUUGCCAAUAAAUUGCGGAAAGUUGAUAACAUCAAACAACAAAAAAUAAUACGCAGAUUACUUUAAAUAACAAAACGUCAAUUAGUGCCAAAUAUUCAAUUUCCGGGUUGUAUAAGUUUGUGGGGCUUUGUAUUUGCACUGCUCAAAUAGAAUAAAUUAUAGGUAGUUUAAUAUUAACUAUAUUUACUUAAGGUAAGCGUCCACAGACCCGCAUCGUACGCAUCGCACGCAUCGGACGGAUCGCAUCAAACGGAUUAAUUUUUAGUCCGAUUCGUGCGAUGUGGGAUUGUGGACGCUGAUCUUUACACUGCAUAACUAAUUCACGAAUAUAUUUAAAUAGCUACACACGCAAUGUUGUUGAAAUCAAAUUUUGUUGUGAAUAACUCUGUACAAAUAAGCUAUGACAACGUAAAAAGUGUAAUGAAAAAAUGCAUUUAAAUAUGUAGAGAGGGAAUCCCGCUAUCUCAUUCGAACAUGUUACUUUAAUGGCGAUGUCGUCAUUUUUAUCGUGCAUUAUGUUGAAUGACUUGUUUCAAUAUAAUCUAUUGAGGGCCUUCUUUACAAUAUCUGACUAAGUUGUCUAUAGCCACGCCCCUUUGUACCAGAUAAUAUGCAACGUAAUAAACACGUUAAAUUAUCCAUUAGUCAAACUAAAAGAAACUUAAUUAAACAUUUAAUUAAAUUCCGUUCCAAUGUUGUUUAGACUUCUACUUAAGUACCAACUUUUUUAGCUGUAGCUAAUCCGUUUAUGUACAUUUCAUAGUUCAUAAUGUUAGAUAGAUAUAAAAAUAUACAACUUUAACUGA